AUGGUCAACUACUCAUACUCUAAUUUAGCUGACGAUUGUGUAGAUCGAAAGUCUACCACGAGCUAUUGUAUCUAUGUCGGAGAAAAUCUUGUGAAGUGAUCUAGUCCCAAGUAGUGGGUCUCUUGCUCCUCCAGCACUGAGGCUAAAUAUUGGGUCAUGAUGAAUACAUAGUCAUGCAUGCUUUGGGUGCACAACCUACUUCAAGAGUUGGGUUAUCUAGUGCAAGGUGUUAUGCCUAUGUACUGUGAUAAUCAAGCAGCAAUCUUCAUAGUAAAUAACCCGACUUUUCAUCUAGGCACCUUGCAUAUUGAGAUUGCAUGCCAUGUCAUCCGCCAUUAA